AUGACAGCUCCAGCCUACAACCUUUCAAAAUUCAUUGGAAAAAUAAUACAGAACUCAAUUGAUAGUCCAUACAACAUUAAGGAUUCCUUCUCGUUCUGCAACUUCAUCAACACAAUCACACUUCCACCAAACUACAUUUUGAUAUCCUUGGACGUGAUAGCACUAUUUACCUCAAUCCCAAAAACACUGGUAACUCAAAAUAUAAUCUACAAAUGGGAAAAGAUCAAAGCCAACACAAAUAUAAACCUGGAUUUGUUUAUCGAAAUAGUAGAAUUCUGCAUCAAUUCAAGCUAUUUCAAAUACAACGAACAACACUACCAUCAAAUAUUCGGAACCGCGAUGGGGAAUCCGCUCUCACCAACUCUAGCCGAAUUAGUUAUGGAAACACUUCUAGAUACAGUUACAAAAUCGCUAUCAUUCAAGCCACCGUUCAUCAAAAAAUAUGUGGACGACCUAUUAAUGGCUAUUCCUAUAGACGAACAAGACCAUGUACUGAAAACAUUCAACAACUACAACGAACAUCUACAGUUCACAUAUGAACUAGAAAUAGACAAAAAACUUCCGUUUCUAGACAUGACACUGAUCAGACAAGAAGACCAAAAAAUCAAAACCGAAUGGUAUAUGAAACCGAUCAUGGAAGAUCCAGAAGCUAGUGCUAUUUCCGAAGCCAGGAAAGCCUGCGGGGGAUCCAGCGUCAUACAGGCCGAUAUGUCAACUGGAUACAUGCGGAAAACUCCUGGAGAGGAUAAUCCUGAAUAG